CAACUCAUUUUAUACCGCCAGCGCCCUGCCUUUUAGCUUCAACCUACACAGCCUUCCGGCUUCACCUAUUCCGAACUUUGCUGGCGACGCAUUUCCACCCUCUUCUACUUGCACCUUUCCACGUUUUCUUCACCGAAAAAAAAUCCAAGAGAAAUACCAGAGGCAGCAACAAGACCUGGGCGCUUCCGCGUGGGCAGAAAGAAAGAAAAAAGCCAUCACCCAAAAUGUCUGGCCACGACCCGCUCGUGCUCUCCUUCUCCCACAUGAAAGGCUUCGGCCGUGAGAAGGAGGCGCUGCACACACUCAAAAAGAUCGCGUCGCUGGUGAAGCCCAUCAUGCGCGCCCGGGGCUGGAAGGUCGGCGAGCUGGCCGAGUUCUAUCCCGACGAGCACAACCUGCUCGGUCUCAACGUGAAUCGCGGCCAGCGGAUCCUGCUGCGGCUGCGCUACGCCGGCGACCGCACGCAGUUCCUCCCGUUCGAGCAGGUGGCGGACACGAUGCUGCACGAGCUGUCACACAUUGUGCACGGUCCACACGACCAAAAGUUCCACGCCCUCUGGAACCAGCUGCGCGACGAGCACGAGGGCCUGGCCCUCAAGGGCUACACGGGCGAGGGCUUCCUGUCCGACGGCUACCGACUGGGCGGCAGCACCCGCCGCGUGCCCAUGCACGAGGCCCGCCGCCUGGCCCGCGCCGCCGCCGAGAAGCGCGCCACCCUCUCAACCGGCUCGGGCCGUAGGCUAGGCGGCGCCGCCCCGCGCCCCGGCGAGGACAUCCGCCGCGUCAUCGCCGGCGCCAUCGAGCGGCGCAACCAGACAUCGCUGCAGGGCUGCGGCAACACCAAGCACAGCGAGCGCGAGAUCCGCGACCUGUCCGACACGGCCACGCGCAACGGCUUCAAGACGCAGGCUGAUGAGGACGCUGCUAACGACGCUGCCAUCGCCCAGGCCCUGUGGGAGCUCGUCCAGGAGGACGAAAAGGCCCGCUACGGCACCGCCUACAUCCCCCCCAGCGCCGAGCACCCCGCCGGUAGCAGCCAACAGACCGACGCCGGCUACGGCCUCGACGGCGGCAGCAGCAGCACGUUCUCGCCGCCACCGCCCAUCCCCACCGGAACAAAACCGGACCUGCCACCACCACCACCUCAACUCGACGACAAGGAACAAGAAUGGGAAGGGAACGAACCAGCCGCCGCGAGCUUCUGGGCCUGCGACGUCUGCACGCUGCACAACGCCGCUGACCAGACAGCCUGCGACGCCUGCGAGACGCCACGGAAGCCGGCAAACCCGACAGAGCGGACCGUGAUCGACCUGACAACGAGCCCGCCGCCGAAACUAUCAUCCUCAUCCUCAAAACCUAGGAGGCGACGGACCGGGAGUGGUGGUGGUAGUCGCGCCGCGAGACUCCCGCCGCCGCCGCCGCCAGCACCGGUAGCUGUCGCAGCGACGUGGCAGUGCUCGUUCUGUGGCAACGUUAUGGAGCGGCAGUGGUGGACCUGCAACGUGUGCGGGCGGAUGAAGGACAGUUCCAAGUGAUAGACUUGGCCAAUGGUGUGUGGUCAGUCAAUAGGGGCUAGUAAGUCGCUUAUGGGGACCGGGGGAUUCUCUUCUUUUUUCGCCUUUUUUUCAAGGGGG